AUGUCUACUGAGGAAUGCAUAUCGUCAUCUAAAAUCUUCAUGGGUACAAAAUCAGCCGGUGAUGGGAUAGAUUUUACUACUAGCGGAGGAUGUUUGGAGUGUAAGAGAGCUACUUUUGCUCCAGAUGACAAGAUGAUAAUUGGAGCUAUUCUAGAUUCAGAAUUAUUAAUAAAGGUACGACCUAUCAGUCAGCCGAACUUGUCAGACAGGGCUACUGAUUUCAGUUGUGUUAACGAGAAAGAAAAUAGUGAGUACGUUCCAGUAGCUAGUUUCAGGAAGGAUCUAACACCUGCAAAAAAUGUUGUAGACUUUUAUUUUAACGAGUUGCUUAAAAAUUAUUUGCAUGUGAAGAACAGUAAAAGAAACAUAGCUAUCGAUAUAUCCACGCAGGAAAAAUGGGACCUGGUCUGUUGCAAGUACGGCGCGCUAAUAAGCAGAGAAAGUAAGGUACGUAACAACCACCCUUCAGAAAACGCUGCCAUAAAUCAAGUACCUCGCGACAAGGAUGAGAGGACGCCUGUAGGUAACUCCUUUGAUGACUUGCAGCAAUUAGAGAGGUUUCUACACUUGCGGAAAAACUGUUUGGGGUUUAUUUCUCGAGGGGGCCUUUUGCAGCUUCAUACCUAUGCCACCUCUGCGAGUGCAGAAACAGAAUAUAUAUACCUUAGGUGUUACAAGGCGUUAAUUGCCCAAGAAGCAGGACGUGAUGCGGUGCUCGACAACCUAGAAGUAAUUAAAUUACUAUGCAAAUAUAUGUCAGAUUUGAACGCCCAUGCCAGAACAAGGUUACUAGCAACAGAAAUUUUGUUAGUACUUACAUACAAGGGUAGCACAAAAAUAUGUCGAGAGUUAGAGAGCUUUUAUUCUACUUGGCUUAAAGCAGUUGAAAAUACAAUAACUGAUGAGUCAACUUGGUACCAUCCUGAGCUGAAUAUGGAGCAACCACAUCAAUUUGUAAUAGACUAUUGCGUAUCUACCAUGUUUCUUAUAAACUCGAGCAUCCAAGGCUUAAGCUCUAAUAGCGAGAAAACGAACAUGUUAGCAAUGCUGAAAGAUGCCGGCAUUCAUAAAAUAUUCCAUCGCAUUGUAAGCUCCGGUGAAAAGUUUAAUUCUGAGAUAUUACUAGAUGAAAUUACUAAAUAUCAAAGUCGAGAGGAAGAUAUUAAUGCUGAAAGUGUGGUCGAAAAGAACAGUAUUCUGGAAGUUUCGUUUGAAACACAGAUGAAUACAAUAGUUACCUUAACACAGGGCACUCCGUUAGAAACGUCAAUGAAUCAUGUGAUGGGUUCGCUAAGAAGGGCUAUUACUUCAAGGACAUCCGAUGAGUCUGUGAAACUUCUUCAGGUUUUUGAGGCUUUAUUCCAUUACCUUACUGCAUCUGCACAUGGAGACAGCGUAUUAGAUUCUUCUCUGAAAGUCACAUUAAAUGAAUUAAUGGACAGCUUGCAAUCGAAGCAAAUUCACAAGAGAGCAAUAAACGAGCUAGAGAAUAUGAAGUCAAUGAUGGAAGCAAUGAAGGCUAAGAUCAGGAAGCUUGAACACCAAAAACAAAUCACUAAGAAUGUACUAUCAGAUGAGCAGCAGUUUACUGUUCGGCCUUUAUCAAAAAAAAUCGAUUAUAUUACAGAAUUGGAAGAGAAAUUGGAGGAAAUAGAGAAACAAAGGAAAAACGAGCGUCUUAGAUACGAACGUGAGUUAAGUAACAAGGAAAAAGAGAAGCGGUUUGCAAAUAAUGCUAUUUCAUUAUUUGCUACAUUGAAAAAUGGUAAUGGCUUACCCCAUACAAGUAUUGGGCGCGUUCCAUCAUUCAGUGUCAGCAAACGGGUAUCAAAAUUACCUCAACUGCCAGGAAGUGUUGCCAGGAGAAGUCUAAGUGACCCUGAUGCUUUAAUUGGCUCAGAAAAUGAAAAUUCCCAGGCUGAGAAUGUAAUCUACACAACGGCAAAGGAUGGAAAUGAAGAUGUUAAUAAAAUAGCAUUACAACAGCAGCAAUUCAUGACGAAUGUGCCCGACAUGCCCUUAGCAAUUUCACCUGUACCAACAUUAUCUUCGAAUGUCAUUAAAACGCAUAACCCUAAAAAUGAACUACCCGGAACUACUACUUCAGUGGACCCUAUAAUACGCACAUCUGUGGAUUGCAAAACUACGACUGGUACCCUUUCAAAAACUACCACAUCUGUCGAAAAGACUCUAUCAUGCAUGACGCCCCUGUCACUGCCUCCUCCGCCUCCCCCCUUACCAAAUCUUCUUUUGAAAGAAGCUUCUUCCAAGUCCGCGAGUUCAGCUAAAACAGUACUACCUCCCCCUCCUCCCCCUCCGCCCCCUCCUCCUCCUCCAUUGCCCACUUCAUUAUUGAAUAUAGCGUCCGAACAAUCACCAAAUUCUGUAGCGUUUCCAUCGACGCUAUCACCACCUCCACCACCUCCCCCGUUGCCUCCAUCUCUAAAUAAAACUUCAAAUAUGCUGUCUCCGUCACCACUCUCGCCACUUUCUUCUCUUUCUCCACCAGCACCACCACCGCCUUUAUCAAUUUUUGGCCAAUUGAAUCCAAAUGAAUUAACUAAUAGUCCACCACCACCACCGCCACAACCAUCAGCUCUUGAUGAACCGCAUCAAAAAGUGGUCAAAUUAAGACAAAUACACUGGGAUAAAAUAGAUGACAUUAAAGAGACAGUAUGGUGCGACAAAAAAUGGCGAAUUUCUAAAAGCAGCGAAUUGGCGGACUUUGGUAUCUUCAAAGAGAUCGAAGAGUUAUUUGAAGUCAAACCGGUCACCCCAGUAGUCACGAAUAUGAAAUCGCGAUUUCAAAAACCAAACACCAACAAAGUAUCCUUACUUUCACGGGAAUUGGCUCAGGAAAUUGCAAUUAAUCUUCACAUUUUCGCACAUUAUUCCGUGGAGGAAUUGGUUGAGAAGGUUUUAGCAUGUGAUACAGAAGUCAUGUCUAAUUAUAGCGUAAUUGAAUUCUUCUGCAAAGAGGAAGUUAAUAAUAUCACACAGAGCGUGCAAAGGAUGUUCUCACCAUAUGGCACCAAUUUCGCUACCAAUGAGUUACCAGAAAAGGAUCCAAAUACUUUAGAGCGCUCAGACCGGAUAUUUUUGGAGCUAUUCUUUAAUUUACGUGCAUAUUGGCCCACAAGGUCUAGUUAUCUCCGUACCAUGUCCUCUUUUGAAAGGGACUAUUACGAUAUUUUGUUCAAAUUGCAAAGGAUUGAUGAUGCAACAAAAGCCAUCCAAAAUUCAACCAAAUUAAAAGAGCUAUUUUUCAUUAUUAUUGAAAUUGGUAAUUAUAUGAACCAGAAGCCAGCACUUGGUAUCCAAUUGAGCUCACUAAACAAACUAGCAUUCACCAAGUCAAGCAAAGACAACAACAUCUCGUUCAUACACGUCAUCGAGCGCAUUGUUCGCACAAAGUAUCCUUCUGUGCAUGACUUCGUGGAGAGUUUAGAGAAAAUCUCUGACGUAUCUAACAUAGUAGUCCAACAUGUGCAGCAGGAAGCCGAAGAAUUCUAUGAAAAGAUAAUAAAUUUGGAAAACCUAUUAACAGUAGGAAGACUCUCAGACUCUUCUAAAUUCCAUCCCAAAGACCAGUUUCUCACGCUGACCCAAUCAAAAGUCGCCCAAGCAAGACAAAAGGCCGACCUUUUGAAAGACCAAUGUACCCUCACAAUUGGCGAUUUUGACAAGCUGAUGAUUUACUGGGGUGAAAAUGCCAGCAAGGUAACAAGUCGCAACACCUUCUUCAAGAAAUUUAUAGAUUUUAUGUUAUUGUUCAAAAAGGCCAACAAGGAAAAUAUCGAACGCGAAGAACUACAUCGCGUCUACGAAAAGCGCAAGCAGGAACUGUCGGAAGCGGCAUCCGCCCAUGCUCAUGCUCAGGGUUCCUUUGAUAAUCCAUCCUCAUUAUCCAAUGAGCCAUAUGACCAUGACGCAGUUGAUCGCUUAAUUAGAAAGCUUCGAGAUUUACGUCAACAUGAAAAUAGAAAUCUACGAGAUCGCAAGAACGAAUCCCCCAGGAGCAACUGCAGGAGUAAGCCAAGAGAGAUGGAGGAUGAUUUAUUAUCAAGAACGCAAGAAUUGUUAUCAGACAUUAAAAAGAUAUGA